AUGAAAGAAUACGGGUAUCACCAAAGUAAUGUUGAUCAUACUCUGUUCCUCAAGAGAAGAAACGGCCUUGUAACUUGCUUGAUCAUAUAUGUAGACGACAUGAUUAUUACCGGAAAUGAUGUAGAAGAAAUAACACAGUUGAAAGAGAAUAUGUUUUCAAAAUUCAAAAUGAAAGAUCUAGGAAAUCUCAAGUAUUUCCUCAGGAUUGAAGUUCUCAGGUCUAAACAGGGGAUCUUCAUUUGCCAAAGAAAGUAUGUCCUUGAUCUUUUGGCGGAAACCGGGUUGAUUGAUUGUAAACCCGCAGAUACUCCAAUGGCGGUAAACCACAACCUUCACAUGGAACUUAAUGGGGAGCUUGCGGACAAAGAGAGGUAUCAACGACUCGUGAGCAAGCUAAUUUAUCUCUCUCACACUCGUCCUGAUAUAGCGUAUGUGGUUGGAGUAGUAAGUCAGUUCAUGCAUGUCACACCCUGA